AUGAAUGUCCACUACCCGGCGUGGGGAGGACCUGGAACCUGGAUCGAUCAGGGAGCGGAGGAUCAACUCCUGAUCAUGGAUGAACAAGGGCCCCAGCUAGUAAGGUGCGAAGGAGCUGAUGACCUAGAACACGCAUCAGACCAUUUCCCAAUCAGGACGCAACUCGAUACCGAAACACCUUUAGACUUGGCCACUACCGAUGACAAGAGACUAGUAAAGUUCAUUGAGGUGCAUUUGACUAGUAGGGAUUUAUCCCGCGCUGGUCAGAUGCGCAUUGAACUUGGUUGCCAAUCUUUCAUACAGGUAAUUGAGGCUGCUAUCGAUGUGUCUCCCCCUGUGCGAAACCACCAGAGUGGGCGACCCCUGGAUUCACUAUGGAAUGCUGCAAGCCCGUUAAACUAG